UCUCAACUAUAAGAAUCCUUGCAUAAUGGAGGUUCAACAUUGUGCAGAAUCUACCACUAAAACAAUGGCUUAUCUUCAACCAUUGAUCUUCUAUAUUCUGUCCGCUCUUCCAAUAUUCUGGCUUAUAUCUCCCUCCCUUUCCUCUUUAGAUAAUGUUAAUGACAAGGUUACUGUGUCACUGUACUAUGAAACAAGUUUAUGUCCACGUUGUGCCUCCUUUAUCUCCAAUGACCUCGUCAAGGUCUUCCAUACUGACCUCCAUACCAUUAUCAAUCUAAGAUUGGUCCCUUGGAGCAAUGCUGAAAUCCAUUGCCAGGACUUUGAAAAUUUUGUGAAAUAUGUGUGCCAAGCUUAUAAAGGAGAUCAUAAACCAGCUGCUUGCAAAGCACAAUCAUCCAAUCUCAGCCCAACCAUCUAUGCAUUACCCCAGCCGCCAGUAAUUCCAGUGGUAGACUUCUAUAAAUUGGCACUUCAAUGGCCUCCCUCAGUUUGUAGCUCUACUCUCAACUGUAAACUCCCAAUCCCAACUGAAUUCAAAAUACAUGGAAUUUGGGCGCAAGACGCUCAUGACAUGCCGGUGCCCCGUACAAUGCAAGGAAUCCUUGCACCCAUCCACAACCUACUACAACCCGCCACAACUCCAAGUGAUGUAGCUCUUGUUGGGAAGAAACUGAACAACCGAAACAAAGCGAAAGCCGAACCGGUGUUCUUUCUCUCCUUAUAA